AACAAUUCGAACUAACUAUGACAAGCAAAUCAAAAAAGUACUGCUCAGUGCCUCAGUGCAAUAAUUAUAUUUCGGAAACUGUGUCUAUGCAUUUUUUUCCGAAAGAUCCGAAGCUAGCUCAACAAUGGAAAAUAUCUUUGAAAAUUGGCAAGCCACUUACGAAAUACAUGUGUGUUUGCAGUGAACACUUCACUGAUGAUGAUUUUACACCAGGCACUAGGGGGAAAAAGCUGAAAAGACUCAGACAAGAUGUUAUUCCAUCUCAAAAAAUACCGAAAUUGAAUUCCAAAACUUUCCCUAAGAUGAGCCCAUCCAGAAAAACAAGGCGUCAAUUCUAAAAAAAUGAGCCGAGAAGAUGUUAGAGCUCAAGUGCUAGAGCUCAUGGGCCAAAAAGACAAAAUAGAAAGAGAGAUACUAGAAUUGACAUCUAUACUAUCACGGAACGGUGUCGGCAUGAAGGACCCCCUGGUUGACCCAGAAGGCUUCCCGAUCAACUCUAUCGACAUAUACCAAGUGAGACACGCUCGGCAGCGCAUAAUAUGCCUCCAGAACGACCACAAAACCAUCAUGAAGCAAAUCGAAAACGGCCUGCAAGGCUACUACUGCAGCGACUCCAUUGCGGAUACCUCACAACCAACUCCAAUGGAAACUAAUCGCAUCGAAGUCCCAGUACACAGAAUUCCUUUCGCUAGAGUUACCAUAGUCAGCGAAGGAUCUCCAGCUGAUCAUGCAGGGAUCAGAGUCGGCGAUGAAGUUGUUGAAUUCGGGUCAGUAAACGCGGAUAAUUUCAAGAACAUCACCGAUAUCGCUACGGUGGUGCAGCAUUCUGAUGGAUCUCAAGUUAGUGUGAAACUGAAGAGAGGUGAAAGAUAUGUGACUGUGCAGCUGGUUCCGAAAAAGUGGUCAGGAAGAGGUUUGCUGGGGUGUAAUAUAGUUGCUGUGUAAAUUAUUUUCACUAUUGUUGUUGCGUUUUCUGAAGUAUAUUCAUUUUUGGUUUUUGGCUAUCCAUAUUUCUCUUCUUGUAGUGAAAACUUGAAACUGAAACAAAAAAGUGUAUCCUACUUCUAAUGGAAACACCCCUGUAUCUUAUGUAUUCGUUGGGUAAGGAUCCUGAAAUUUGCUGGAGCGAGAGAUAUACCAAAUAUGUACUCUUUGACCAGUGAUAUACACUGAUCGCCAACAGCCAUGGCACCACCCCAAUUUCUGGAAAAUGAUAUCAGGAGGCAAAAUGGGUUGAAAAUCACUUCGGAUUCGGAAUCAGGACGCCCAAUUCACUUACUAUUCUUAUUUUUUCUAACAUAUUUUCACUCAUAUUUUCAUAUAUCGAAGACUGGAACCUUUGGCACGAUAAUACACUACACUGUUUUACCACUAACCAAACCGAUUUUCCAACGCCUCGACACGUGUUUCGCUAUUAAAACUAAAUAUCCUAUUCUAGUGUGCUGCUUAUAUACUAGGUAUAUGUUCACCCAACUGUGAAAAAUACUAACCGUCAAGUUAAUGUUUGUCAUGGUUGAGUUCACAUGUUAAUCUUAAUUUUCAUUUUACUAAACUAUAUAGAGGGCUAUAUGGAAUAGGUCCAUUAUCCUUAUUCAUUACUCUAUUACUAUUCUUAAAUAUCUCUA